AUGAAAAACCAUUUUCUUGUAAAUUUUUUAUUACUGUGUUCACUAGUAUUUGCUGAAGCCGAAAAAGAACAACCUUCCGAAAAAGAUAUAGGAGAUUCGGAUAAAUCUGUUAUUGUAAAUAAGGAUGGUUUGAAUGACGACACUACAACUGAGGGAAUUCUCGAAAAAAAUAAAAUUUAUCCCCCUAAAGGACAGGAAAGACAAACACUAAAAGAUGUAGCUGAAGAAGCUAAAAAGAAUGGUUUAAGCGCUGUAUCUCUUUUGGCUUUAUAUUCUAAUGGAAAUGCUUUAAAAUAUUUACCUGAAUCAGUUUUUCAAACUGCUGAAAAACAACUUGAAGAUGCAACUCGCACCGAUCAGCAAUUAGUAGACUACGGUGACGAUAUUGAAGGGGCUGCUAAUGAAAACACAGAAGAACCAAAGGAAAAUGAACCAGAACCCAAAAAUGAAGAACAAAAAGAAAAGGAACCUGCGCCGAAAGAAGAAGAAGAAGAGCCUCAGGAGACUAAAGAAGGAGCCAAUACAGGUUCUAGUACAUUAAGAUUAAAAUAA